GGGGGGGCGGCUGUGAUAGAGUCAACCCGGGAGGGGGAACUGGGGCAGGUCGCUCUUUGUUUCUGGCUAGAAGGGGGAAAAAAAACCGAGAGACGUUGCUGCCGGUGGGGUUUAAUACCUGGGAAUACACCGCUUCUUGGGGUACUUACUGCUGUUGCACACUUCGGGUCCCCAUUGAGAGAUGUCCACCCCGGACCCCCCAAUGGGAGGGACACCUCGACCAGGUCCCUCCCCAGGUCCUGGACCCUCGCCAGGAUCCAUGAUGGGGCCAAGCCCCGGUCCCUCUCCAGGUUCUGCCCAUAGCAUGAUGGGCCCCAGCCCAGGACCUCCUGGAUCUGGACACCCCCACCCCCCACAAGGACCCUCAGGAUAUCCCCAGGAUAACAUGCAUCAAAUGCACAAACCCAUGGAAGGCAUGCAUGAGAAGGGAAUGCCUGAUGACCCACGCUAUGGCCAGAUGAAGGGAAUGGGCAUGAGACCGGGAGGACAUAGUGGAAUGGGACCCCCUCCUAGCCCUAUGGACCAACAUUCCCAAGGUUACCCUUCACCAUUAGGAGGCUCAGAGCAUGCCCCAAGCCCUGUCCCAGCCAAUGGCCCUCCCUCUGGACCUAUGAUGUCUGGGGGUCCCUCUGGACCUGGGGCUGGGCCCAUGGAGGGCAGUGGAGACCCUAGUCAGGGAAUGGGCCAGCAAAAUCGUGGCGGUCCUCAGGGUCCCAGUGGGCCUGGUGGUGCGGGAGGAGGGCCAGGUGGGUCAGGUGGACCAACUCCUUUCAACCAGAACCAGCUACACCAGCUCAGGGCGCAAAUCAUGGCAUACAAAAUGCUGGCGCGGAGUCAGCCCCUACCAGAACACCUGCAGAUGGCUGUGCAAGGCAAGAGGCCCAUGCCAGGGAUGCAGCAACAACCAAUGUCAAGCAUGCCAGCUUCUAGUGGGCCUGGAGCCGUCCCUGGGGCUGGUCCAGGACCAGCACAAGCCAACUACAAUAGACCUCAUGGCAUGGUAGGUCCAAAUAUGCCUCCUCCUGGACCUUCUGGUGUUCCUCCAGGCAUGCAAGGCCAGCCUACUAACGGGCCCCCAAAGUCCUGGCCUGAAGGACCAAUGGUGAAUGCUGCUGCCCCAUCCAGUGCUCCCCAGAAGCUGAUACCACCUCAACCAACAGGUAGACCCUCACCGGCUCCCCCCUCUGUGCCCCCUGCUGCCUCCCCAGUCAUGCCCCCUCAGACUCAGUCCCCGGGACAACCUGCCCAGCCUCCUCCCAUGAUGCUACACCAGAAACAGAAUCGAUUAACCCCCAUCCAAAAGCCGCGCGGGCUGGACCCAGUGGAAAUCCUGCAGGAGAGAGAGUAUAGGCUACAGGCUCGCAUUGCCCAUCGUAUCCAAGAGCUGGAAAACCUGCCGGGCUCUCUAGCUGGAGACCUGCGCACAAAGGCCAACAUUGAGCUCAAAGCCCUUAGGCUGCUGAACUUCCAGAGACAGCUGCGUCAGGAGGUGGUGGUGUGUAUGCGUCGUGACACUGCUCUGGAAACAGCCCUUAAUGCCAAAGCCUACAAGCGCAGCAAGCGCCAGUCACUACGUGAGGCCCGCAUCACUGAGAAACUGGAGAAGCAGCAGAAGAUUGAACAGGAGCGCAAACGUCGUCAGAAGCACCAGGAAUAUCUCAACAGCAUCUUGCAACAUGCCAAGGACUUCAAGGAGUAUCACCGCUCCAUCACAGGCAAGAUCCAGAAGGCCACCAAAGCUGUCGCCACCUACCAUGCCAACACAGAGAGAGAGCAGAAGAAAGAGAAUGAGCGCAUUGAGAAGGAGAGAAUGCGGAGGCUGAUGGCCGAAGAUGAGGAAGGUUACCGUAAACUGAUUGAUCAGAAGAAAGACAAGCGGCUGGCCUACUUGCUACAGCAGACAGAUGAGUAUGUGGCUAACCUCACUGAGUUGGUGCGGGCCCACAAAGCUGCACAAGCCCUCAAGGAGAAGAAGAAGAAGAAGAAAAAGAAGAAGAAGCCAGAGUCUACAGAGGCCGGUGCUCCUGCCCUGGGACCAGAUGGAGAGCCAUUGGAUGAAACUAGUCAGAUGAGUGACCUGCCAGUGAAGGUCAUCCAUGUGGAUAGUGGGAAGAUCUUGACAGGGGUUGACGCACCCAAAGCCGGCCAGCUGGACGCCUGGCUCGAAAUGAACCCUGGGUAUGAAGUGGCUCCACGCUCUGACAGUGAAGAUAGUGAUUCAGAAGAAGAGGAAGAGGAGGAGGAAGAUGAUGAACAGCCCCAUCCCUCUGCCCUGGCAGAGGAGAAGAAGAAGAUUCCUGACCCUGACAGUGAAGAUGUAUCUGAAGUGGAUGUCCAGCACAUCAUUGAACAUGCAAAGCAGGAUGUAGAUGAUGAGUACGGUAAUGCAGCCUUUGCCAGAGGCCUGCAGUCCUACUACGCUGUGGCCCAUGCAGUUACUGAGAAAGUGGACAAGCAGUCCUCACUUCUAGUAAAUGGCCAGCUUAAACAAUACCAGAUCAAAGGUCUGGAGUGGCUGGUGUCACUAUACAACAACAACCUGAAUGGCAUCCUGGCUGAUGAGAUGGGCCUGGGAAAAACAAUCCAGACCAUUGCCCUCAUCACCUACCUCAUGGAGUACAAACGCAUCAAUGGGCCCUUCCUUAUCAUUGUGCCGCUCUCAACACUAUCUAACUGGGUCUAUGAGUUUGAUAAGUGGGCACCGUCUGUUGUGAAGGUCUCCUACAAGGGUUCCCCAGCUGCACGUCGUGCUUUUAUUCCCAUUCUGCGAAGUGGCAAAUUCAACGUGCUCCUCACCACGUAUGAAUACAUCAUCAAGGACAAGCAAGUGUUGGCUAAGCUUCGCUGGAAAUAUAUGAUUGUUGAUGAGGGCCAUCGUAUGAAGAACCACCACUGUAAGCUGACUCAGGUUUUGAACACACACUACUUGGCACCUCGUCGUGUUCUGCUGACAGGCACUCCGCUGCAGAACAAGCUGCCUGAGCUGUGGGCGCUGCUAAACUUCCUCCUUCCCACCAUCUUCAAGAGCUGCAGCACUUUUGAACAAUGGUUCAAUGCCCCCUUCGCCAUGACUGGUGAGAAGGUGGACCUGAAUGAAGAAGAGACCAUUCUGAUCAUCCGCCGUCUUCACAAGGUGCUUCGACCCUUCCUGCUUCGCCGACUCAAGAAGGAAGUGGAGGCUCAGCUGCCUGAGAAGGUGGAGUAUGUGAUUAAGUGCGACAUGUCGGCUUUGCAGAGGGUUCUCUACAGACACAUGCAAGCCAAAGGCGUCCUGCUCACCGAUGGAUCAGAAAAAGACAAGAAGGGUAAAGGUGGUACAAAGACCCUAAUGAACACUAUCAUGCAGCUCAGGAAGAUCUGCAACCACCCCUACAUGUUCCAGCACAUUGAGGAAUCUUUCUCUGAACACCUUGGUUAUUCUGGUGGAAUAGUAAGUGGCCCCGACCUAUACCGUUCCUCUGGGAAGUUCGAGCUGCUGGAUCGUAUCCUGCCCAAGCUUAGGGCCACCAACCACAAAGUGCUGCUUUUCUGUCAGAUGACGUCACUCAUGACCAUCAUGGAGGACUACUUUGCCUACCGCAACUUCAAGUACCUGCGUCUGGAUGGAACCACCAAGGCAGAGGACCGUGGCAUGCUGUUGAAAACGUUCAAUGACCCCGCCUCAGAGUACUUUGUGUUCCUGCUCAGCACCAGGGCUGGAGGCCUGGGCCUCAACCUGCAGUCUGCUGACACUGUCAUCAUCUUUGACAGUGACUGGAACCCACAUCAGGACUUACAAGCCCAGGACAGAGCCCAUCGUAUUGGCCAGCAGAAUGAGGUCCGCGUGCUGCGCCUCUGCACUGUCAACAGUGUGGAGGAGAAGAUCCUGGCAGCGGCCAAGUACAAACUGAACGUGGACCAGAAGGUCAUCCAAGCCGGCAUGUUCGACCAGAAGUCUUCAGGCUUUGAACGUCGGGCCUUCUUGCAGGCCAUUCUGGAACACGAGGAGCAGGAUGAGGAGGAAGAUGAAGUGCCUGAUGAUGAGACAGUCAACCAGAUGAUUGCCAGAAGUGAAGAGGAGUUUGAGCAGUUCAUGCGCAUGGACCUGGACAGGCGUCGUGAGGAGGCCCGCAACCCCAAGAGAAAACCUCGUCUCAUGGAGGAGGAUGACAUGCCUGCCUGGAUCCUGAAGGAUGACGCUGAGGUAGAGAGGCUAACUUGUGAAGAGGAGGAGGAGAAGAUGUUUGGCAGGGGCUCCCGCCAGCGUAAAGAGGUGGACUACAGCGAUUCACUGACUGAGAAACAAUGGCUCAAGGCCAUAGAAGAGGGCAAUCUGGAAGACAUCGAGGAGGAAGUGCGUCACAAGAAGACAACGAGGAAGCGCAAGAGAGACCGCGACCAUGAUGCCGGUCCAGCUACGCCCAGCUCCAGUGGCGGUCGAGGACGGGAGAAGGAUGAGGAAGUGAAGAAGGCAAAGAAACGUGGCCGUCCACCUGCCGAGAAGCUUUCCCCCAACCCUCCUUCCCUCACCAAGAAGAUGAAGAAGAUUGUUGAUGCUGUCAUUAAAUACAAGGAUGGCAAUGGACGGCAAUUGAGCGAGGUCUUUAUCCAGCUUCCCUCUCGUAAGGAGCUGCCAGAGUACUACGAGCUCAUCCGCAAACCUGUGGAUUUUAGGAAGAUCAAGGAGAGGAUCCGCAGCCAUAAGUACCGAAGCCUGAACGACCUGGAGAAGGACGUGAUGCUGCUGUGUCAGAACGCCCAGACCUUCAACCUGGAGGGGUCUCUGAUCUAUGAGGACUCCAUUGUGCUCCAGUCAGUCUUCACCAGCGUGAGGCAGAAGAUUGAGAAGGAGGAAGACAGUGAGGGUGAGGAAAGUGAGGAAGAAGAGGAGGAGGUCGAUGAAGGCUCUGAGUCUGAAUCUCGCUCAGUGAAGGUGAAGAUCAAGCUGAGUCGGAAAGAGAAGGGAGAGCGAGGAGGGAAAGGGCAACGCCGAAGAGGCCGUGGCGCCAGGGCCAAACCUGUGGUGAGCGAUGACGACAGUGAAGAGGAGCAGGAAGAGGAGCGCUCGGCCAGCGGCAGCGAGGAGGACUGAUGUUGAACCACUCCUAAUGGGACCAACGGCCUACUGAGUCCCUCGACUGGUACCCGGAUACCACAGCGAGGCGGCAGCUGGUGAAGGAGGCCUAGUUUUACCUAGAUGAGAUAAUUUUUUAGUGAGAUAAUUGUAAUCUCAUUAAACCAAACCAUUAAUUGAAAAAAAAUUUUAAAAGGAAAAACAAAGUUAAAAACCUUUCCACUUCAAUAUUUAAGCAGGCUUUCCUGAUAUGAAUAGUAGAACUAUGUAUGUCUUUUUUUUUUUUUUGCCAUUUUUGUUUUCUCCUAUAUGUGAUGCGUAUUGACAAGGCUUGGAUAUCAGACUGAUUGAAGCAUUUUUUUUUUAAAAAGUGGUAUUAAUUUUGUCCUCCUUUCCUUUCUUUGAGACAAAACUUUCGUGCGAACCAGAAUUGCUGUCGUCCGCUUAAGUGAGUCCCAUUUUGAAUGCAUGUCGUGCGCGUCUGUGGAAAUGCACCUGGCUGUGUCGUAUCUCUACUGUGUUUAAUUUAAAGACUACAAGCGGGAUCACGGUAGGUCCCACCCUGGGGCCCCUCACUCUCAGGCUGUGUAUGGAAAUUUGGGGGAUGGAGGGAUGGGAUCAUUUCUCAUGUCAGUGUCACUGGAUUCCAAAACUUACAAUAAAGGCAUCUCAUAAUUAAACUCUUA